AUGGACUUUUUGGGGCCUUUUGGUAAAGUUGUCGAAGGAGUGGUUGAUUUUGUAUGGAAACAUGGUGUUCGACAUAUGACUUACAUAGUCCAUUACAAGAAAAAUGUUGUUGAACUGAGCGACACUGUUAAAGAUCUUAGAUUUGAAAAAGAGAAGAUAGAUCAUAAAUGUGAAGAGGGUACAAAAAAUCUACACAACGUUGAAGGCAAAGUUAUUGAAUGGGUUCGAAAAGUGAGUGAAAUUGAGACUACAGUAGAUGUGUUUGAAAACGAUGAUGGCCACACAAGGGCUCGAUCACCCAAUUGUUUUGUUUUUCCGUACUUGUGGAAUAGACACAGGGAAAAUGUAACAUCUAAUGAUGUCACAUUGUCUAAUUCUGGCUUUGAACAAUUUAGUUCUACAAAAUCCACAGUGGAGAAAGUAAUGAGAGAACUUGAAAAUUCCGGUGUGAGAAUGAUUGGAUUGUAUGGGGAAGGUGGUGUGGGUAAGAGCGCUUUAAUCAAAGAAAUUGCAAGGAUAGCCAGAGACAAGAAGUUAUUUAAUGUGGUGGUUAAAGUAGAAGUAACAGCCAAUCCCAAUAUACAAAGCAUCCAGGAAGAAAUUGCUUACGUAGCUGAUUGUCUACGGAGGAGGUUGAAGAAAGAAAAAGGAAACACCCUUUUAAUCUUGGAUGACCUUUGGCAUAAACUAGAUUUGAACAAGCUAGGGAUUCCCCUUGAUGAUAAUGAUGACAAUGAUGAUUUAAGUAAUGAUAUGAGGGAUCUUGAUGAUAAAUUCCUGAAAAAAGAAAAAAAUAAUAAGGAUUUUAAUCAGAAAGUGUUGAAAAGAGAAAAAAUCAUUGGUGGUCACAAGGGAUGCAAAAUUUUGCUAACUGCACGUCAAAAAAGAGUAUUGGAAGUUGAAAUGGAUGUAAAAUCGACUUUCCGUGUAGAGCCAUUAGAUGACAAGGAUGCUUUGAUGUUUUUUCAGAAGUUGUCUGAAAUACAUAAUAUGUCAGACUCUAGAAAAGAAAUUGUGAGGAAGUAUUGUGCAGGGUUACCGAUGGCAAUAAUUACAGUUGCAAAGGCAUUAAGAGGUAAGAGCGAGUUAGUAUGGGAAGCAGCACUUGGCGAACUUAAAAAACAGGAAUUAGUGGGAAUUCAAACAAAUAUGGACAUUUCAGUGAAGAUGAGUUAUGAGCAUCUAGAAAAUGAGGAGAUCAAAUCCAUUUUCUUACUUUGUGCUCAAAUGGGCCAUCAACCACUGAUUAUGGAUUUGGUGAAGUGUUGUUAUGGUUUGGGUAUACUUGAAGGGGUUUUCUCACUUUCGGAAGCUCGAGAAAAAAUCAAGAUAACAAUCCAAAAGCUAAAAGACUCGGGCUUACUAUUGGAUGGAAAUUCUGAUAUUCAUUUCAAUAUGCAUGAUAUAGUUCGAGAUGCUGCUUUGUCUAUAGCAAAGAAGGACAAACAUGUUUUUACUCUAAGAAAUGGAAAACUAGAUCAGUGGCCUGAACUCGAGAAAUGCACUUCUAUUUCUAUAUGCAAUUGUGAUAUCAUUGUCAAGCUUCCUAUAGUCAAUUGCUCCCAACUUAAUUUUUUUCAAAUAGACACUAAUAAUCAAUUUUUGACAAUACCUGACAAGUUUUUUGAAGGUAUGAAAAAUCUCAAAGUUUUAAUAUUGACUGGUUUUCAUCUAAAAGAAUUUCCACCUUCAAUCAAAGGCCUGUUAAAGCUCAGAAUGCUUUGUUUGGAGCGGUGCACUAUAGAGGACAACAUAGCCAUAGGAGAGCUAGAAAUGUUGAGAAUUCUUAGCUUCUCUGGAUCCCAACUUAAAAGUUUGCCAACUGUGUUGGGGUGCUGGGAUAAGUUAACACUGUUAGACAUCAAUGAUUGUUCUAUACUGGAGGUUAACAUUCCACCUGAUAUUCUAUCAUGGUUGACACAUUUAGAAGAGUUGUAUAUAAGGAAAAGCAUUGGUCAAAAUUCGAUUCUUUGUGAGCUAAAGAAUUUGCAUCAGUUAAAAGUUGUGGACUUAAGCAUCCCAUCUUUUUCAGUUUUGCCCAAUCACUUGUUUUAUGACAAGUUACAAGAUUACAAAAUUGUGGUUGGAGAGGUAGAAAAGUUUUCUGUUAUAGGCUUUAAGAUGCCUGAUAAGUACGAAACUUCAAGAGUUUUGGCAUUGCAUGAUGUCANUAAAAUUGACUCCCAUAAAGACAUAAACUUGUUGUUUAAAACAGCACAAAGUUUGUUGUUGGGAAAGGUNGAGGUUGUUAAAGUUGUUAAUGAAUUGAGUAUAGAUGGAUUUCCAGAUCUGAAACACUUAUCCAUCAUAGAUAGCAAUGCCAUCAAAUAUGUCAAUUCAAUGCAAUUGUCUAAUUGUAUAAAUGUUUUUCCCAAUUUGGAAUCUCUAUGCCUUUACAAUCUGAAGAACUUGAAGAUGAUAUCUAUUGGUCCUCUUAAGGUUGCAUCAUUUUCUAAAUUAAAGUCCAUCAAGGUGAAUAUGUGUGAGGGAUUGGUGAGUUUCUACUCCGUUUCCAUGGUGGAAUUUUCUAAUAGUGAAGAACCAUGUGAGAUUAUUGAAUGUAAUUCUUACUUGGAUAAUUUUUGUGCUAGCCUAGAGACAAUCGAGGUUUCUGAAUGUAAAUCUUUAAAGGAAAUCCUUAAAAUACCAAAGAAAUGUCAUAAGGUUAAGUUUUUAAAGUUACAGACUUUGACACUUCAAUCAUUACCGUCAUUUAAAUGUUUUUAUACCAAAGUGGAGGAGUCUCAAGCUAAAAAUAGUGGUAGCGAAGAAGAUCAGAAAAGUGACAAGGCUCCGCUUUUUGGUGAACAAGUUGAAAUUCCAAACUUAGAGAGCUUGAAUUUAUGCUCACUCAACAUGCAUAAGAUAUGGAGCGAUCAAUUCUUGUCAAGUUUCUGCUUUCAAAACUUGAUAAAAUUAGUUGUGAAAGAGUGUGAUGAAUUGACAUACUUAUGUUCAUUGUCUGUGGCAAGUAGUUUAAAGAAGCUGAAAAGCCUUAUCAUAAGUGAGUGUCCAUAUAUGGAGAAGAUUUUUGAGACAAAAGAAAAUAAUGCAGAUAAGGUCUGCGUCUUCCCCAAGCUGGAGGAAAUCCAGCUUACCAAAAUGAAGAGAUUAAGAGAUAUAUGGCAUACUAAAGUGAACGAUGAUUCUUUUUCUAGUCUNAUUUCGGUGAACAUCGAAGAAUGCAAUAAACUAGACAAAAUUUUUCCAAGUAACAUGGAAGGAUGGUUUGAAAGUUUGGACAACUUGAAAGUUUCUAGAUGCAAAUCAGUGGAAGUGAUUUUUGAAAUAAAAGAUUGUGAAGAAAUAGAUGUAUCUGGUGAGAUAGACACAAAUCUGCAGGUUAUUCUUCUUGAGUACCUCCCGAAGUUGAAAGAAUUGUGGAGCAAAGAUCCACAUGGAAUUCUCAAUUUUAAAAAACUUCGGACUAUAGACGUAAGUUCUUGUCAUAAAUUGAGGAAUUUGUUUCCAGCUUCUAUGACAAAAGAUGUAUCAAAGCUUGAACGUAUGUCAGUAUUGAAUUGCACUGAGAUGGUGGAAAUUGUUUCAGAAGCUAACACUGAUCCAUUAGAGUUUCCUGAACUAAUAAAUGUGAGAUUGCUUUUACUACCAAAUAUCAAGCAGUUCUAUGCGGGGAGACUUCCGAUAAAGUGCCCAAAAUUGAAGGAAUUAACUGUGUACAACUGUUUGAAGCUUAAAACAUUCUCCAAAGAAAUAAGCAAAACAACAGAGGAAGAAGAAGAGGAAGAGGAAGAGGAAGAGGAAGAAGAAAAUUUUGUUUUCUCAGCUCAAAAGGUACACAAUGUUCCACUUUUCUUAGAGUUCACAAAAAGAAAAUGUGUAGUCAAUUUUUUUUUUUUUUAUAUAAAGAGAAGUGAGUAAAUAAAAAUAA